UUUCCGGUUACAGAAGAAGUUGUCCCCCCACACGGAAGGGCCGAAGUGAAGUGAGAACGCACGUGCCGUUUCUGGUGUUUUUCCUUUUUCGUUGGCCGCUGGCAGAACGAAUCUUCAGUCCCUGUGUAGCAACCAAACUCAGAACUGGGACCAGUGUCUACUUCAAAGUGGCAAUUGAGGUGUGUAGUGUGGUGGAGUGCACUUUUUAACAACUAUUGUUGGCAGUGACCGAAGACAGGUGUACCAUCGCAAAUAUAUUAGAUUACAAGCCGACCGGAAACAAUACAUCAGUGCGCCUAUAAUUCAAUAUCCACGCCACAUCCAGAUAGUUCUACCGGUGUUCUGCUGAAAGCAAUUGUAUAGCUAUGAUCCACCAGCAUUUACUGCAAUGGACAAAUAUUGGACAGCUCCUAAUGGUGCUCUUGCUGAGCUCCCUAGUUAGCCGCAUCCAGGCUGAUACUACCCCGGCAGUGCAGCAGCAUCAGAUGAACCACAGUGACGACCCCGCUCAGAAGCAUAACCUACAAAAACGAACGUGGAAGAGCUUACAGGGCGGAUGGGGUAAGCGAAGUUCAACGGACGAGCAACCGGACCCAAAUGCAGAUUACUAUGGGUUCCCCACCAAAAGCGACGACUCGGCGGAAUACAGCAACAACGAGCUGGACAAACUGAACAAGUAUCUGAUAAAGGGACUGAUAGAUCAACGGCUGGCGCAGGUGGAUACUCAGUACGAUGGUUCGGACGAAGAGUAUCCGGUGGAAAAACGAGCUUGGAACAAGAUCAACGGUGGUUGGGGAAAGCGAGUUAAUGCUGGGCCAGCGCAAUGGAAUAAAUUCAGAGGUGCCUGGGGAAAGCGUGAGCCCGGAUGGAACAACUUAAAACAGCUAUGGGGCAAACGGUCGGAGAAAUGGAACAAACUAACAUCCGCCUGGGGCAAACGGGACAGCGGCAAUAGCAAUAGUUACUAAAUAUUCUAUCACCAUUUACUACCACGCACGGAGCUUGUAAAUAUCCACAAAAUCUCUACAGUCUGUUAUACUUAGCAUAAGUUGUUUUCGAUAAAGUAUUUUCUUUUGUAUACGUAUAACGUAGGUCGCAUAUGCAAUAGCAAAAAUGGAAAACGAAAUGCGUGAAGAGCUACAAUUUAAAAACCAGUGAAUUGCAUGGUAAUGGCUAUGUGGUGUUACCGCAACCUUCUGUUUACUGACGAUGGACUUGCAGAAAACGUUGUCUUACCAGAAAUAAAAUAGAAAACAAUUUUCAGACUAAGCAGUAUAAGUGGAUUACGCAAAACAAAACCAUGAAGUGUAAAAUAUGAAUGUCAGAAAUUACUCCAAUAUGUUACCAACAUCAUAUACACAUGCCGUCAGUGUUACUAAGCAGAUACUGACAUGAGAAAAUCAAUGAAAUAUAGCGUUUACAGUCAA